GGCAUCCAUUUUAGGGUUUAAAAACCCUUUAACUGUUUGAUAACAAAAGCACACGUUUUGCAGCAAAAGCUAUCAGUAUCGAUCAUUAAAAGUCUGCAGUAAUGAAACUUGUUUGCACAACCAAACACGGUCAACGCUCAGCCCAGCUAUUCAAAAUCAUUAAAAAAUUAUCUUUCUCGAUUCCGCUCUUCGACGAAAUCAGGGCAAUAUGACAGACGCGAACCACAAGUUAUCAACCCCAUCUUAACCAAUCAACCCAUGAGUUUGCAAGCACUUGCUUACUGUGCACAAUGGAAAUUUCACGAGAGUAUAUAUAUGCAGAGCACUGUUGAAGACGAAUCAUUCACUUUCGGGAUUCGAAAAACUAAAGCUAAGGAAACCAAUCUCUUGAAGCAAAAUGAUGACUUCUGGGACCACCAUGCUACUGCUGGCCUUUGUAGCUAUGUGCGUCUCGGCCGCUCCUACAAAACAGGAUUUGUUUAAAGAGUUUUUCGAUGAAUUGAAUGCCACAAUGAAAGAGCUUUCGAAGCAUCCCAUGGAUGACAUCUUUGUGAGUGAUCUGAAACACCAUAGCGAUUGUAAGGAUUUGUUUUUCUGCCAAGCUGAGGAUCAAUUGAUAAGAAAGGUUUCCGGGCACUCUGGGUCCAAGUUUGAACAUUUCCGCACAGACAAGAAGCUAAUAAGGACUUUGAAAAAGAUAAAUGAACAGCACAAUAUGAAAACGUGUAAACCUGCAGAUGACCAGGUUGAAGUCCAACUGUCUGAUUUUCUGAUGAAACUGAAACAAUGUGUCCAAAAGAGAAAUACCAUGAAAUCAAAGAAAUGAAGCUGUGCUGUAUUAAUUUAUAUAUUUAAUAUAUUUAUAUUGUCUAUUAAAAAAGACCUUUGCUUACAUGGACUUGUUUCUGUUAACAUUAAAAUGCAUUUGUUGCUGAAGAGAAAUAAAUAAAUAUAUUUUCCACCAUCAAAUACUGUUUUGUG